UGGGGGUCUAUGUGAGAUUUCAGCGUAUGCCGGGUGGUUUUGAACACCCACCACGCGGCCCCGGCGUGGUGGGGGUGUUUCGGAGAUUUUCCACCACGCGCGUGGUGGAAAAGCCUCACACGCAUAUAUACGCGGCGCACAUGUAUGAGUAAAGAAAAUCGUUGUCCAGAAAAUGUUUUCGCUCCAAAUUACUUGGCAAAUGAAAACCAUAUUGAGCCUUCAAUCCUUCCAAUCCUUCGUUUAGCAUUUUCAUUUUCAGUUUCUCAGAAAAAGAUUCUAUUUCUCAUUUUCUGAGUUGGUUCGGGUUUUCAAUGGAGACCUCUGAUUCCCAAGUUCAGUCUUUUGGUCAGACCGAGAUUAAUUGGGACAAGCUUGAUAAAACAAAAUUUUAUGUUGUUGGAGCUGGCCUCUUUACAGGGAUUACAGUGGCUCUAUAUCCAGUCUCUGUGGUAAAAACCAGGCUUCAGGUCGCUUCAAAGGAUACCACCGAGAGAAAUGUAUUUACGGUUAUUAGAGGGAUACUGAAGGCAGAUGGGAUUCCUGGUCUAUACAGAGGUUUUGGUACAGUCAUCACUGGUCUCAUUCCUGCUAGGGUAAUAUAUCUGACCACUUUAGAGACAACAAAGGUAACAGCUUUCAAGAUGGUAGAACCGUUUAAAUUCUCUGAAGCUACACAAGCAGCCAUAGCAAAUGGAAUUGCUGGCAUUACAGGAUCACUUGUUGCUCAGUCUGUUGUUGUUCCAGUUGAUCUGGUUAGCCAAAAGUUGAUGGUUCAAGGAUACUCAGGCCAUGCAAAGUAUAGUGGUGGUGUGGAUGUUGCUCGUAAGGUUAUAAAGUCUGACGGCAUUCGAGGAUUAUACAGAGGGUUUGGCCUAUCCAUUAUGACUUAUGGCCCAUCAAAUGCUGUAUGGUGGGCAAGUUAUGGUUCGAGCCAACGUGUCAUCUGGAGGCUCGUUGGCAAUGAUGCGGAUUUUGAGAAAGCUCCACCCAGCCUGGGGGCAUUGGUGUUGGUUCAAGCAACUGGAGGAGUUAUUGCAGGUGCAGCAGCAUCCUGUAUCACAACGCCACUGGACACCAUUAAGACUCGCUUACAGGUAAUGGGCCAUCACAAGAGACCAUCCACAGUACAUGUUGUGAAAACAUUGAUUGCAGAAGAUGGUUGGCAAGGUUUAUAUCGAGGGCUAGGUCCAAGAUUUUUCAGCAUGUCAGCAUGGGGAACUUCAAUGAUAUUAGCCUAUGAAUAUUUGAGUAUGGACUUUUUCCUGCUGUACUUGCAUUUAUUGUGAUAAGGAAUGAUAAAACAAAAAAGAGCGUCUGUGUGCAAAAGGAGAAUAGAUGGUGAUCUAAUGCUGCCCACAACAAGGGUGGAGAUUUGGGCUCAGAGCUGGCUAAGGAUCAACAUUUUUUCCAGAAGGCUAUCGUUGACAUAUGAUCAAAAGUUUUACCUAUUUUUAAGACCUUGAAAUAUAUUGCUGUUCUUACUGCAAUCAUUAUCAUUAAAUUUAGGAGCUAAAAUGAAGGUUGUUAAAGUGGAUUCACUGAUUAAUUCUUUUAAAAGCUUUAGUGGAUCUGGUAAAGAUUCUUUCUUUUACAAGAUAUUGUUGAAUUUUCUUUUACAGGAAUACACCGAAACCAACUAGAGGCUUAGCAAAUGUAUUCUCAUAGGUCAAAGCAAGCAAUUGUUUGUAAGACAAUUUCAUGAUUGUUGUUGAGUUAUCUUCUGUUUACCAGACAGUAAAUUUGUAAAUUUUCCAUUCUGAAAUUUGGAAUGGCAUAUUAAACUCUUCAUCUAGCAGAAUUCUCUAUUCA